UCCCUCGGAAUUCUGACAUAGUGUGGAGGUGGGGUGAGAGUUGCAAAUACCAAGUUUGGAAAACCUGCAGCCCAGCCACCACUCCGCAAAAAUGGCAUCAUCGGAAGAACCCGAUAACAGCACCUCCAUGCCCCAACCCUACAAGCUAAAACAAACUCUUACAGGCCACAAGCGUGCCAUCUCCAGUGUCAAAUUCUCCGAGGAUGGCAAACUCAUCGCCACCUGUUCCGCCGACAAGACCGCUCGCACCUGGUCCACCUCCGAUGGAUCUCCUCUCCAAGAAUUCAUCGGCCACGAACAAGGAAUCUCAGACGUCGCAUUCUCUUCCGACGCUCGUUACCUUGCCACUGCUUCCGAUGACAAGACUGUCCGCCUCUGGGAUGUAUCCACUGGCGUACUCGUCAAAACCCUAUCGGGACACACAAACUAUGUCUUCUGUGUAAAUUACAACCCUCAAUCCAACAUGAUCGUCUCCGGUUCCUUCGAUGAGACGGUUAGGGUUUGGGACGUCAAAACUGGCAAGUGCUUGAAGGUGCUUCCGGCGCAUUCUGAUCCCGUAACUGCUGUUAACUUUAAUCGCGAUGGAACGUUAAUCGUGUCCAGUAGUUACGAUGGGUUGUGCAGGAUUUGGGAUGCCUCCACAGGGCAUUGUAUGAAGACUCUGAUUGAUGACGAGAACCCCCCUGUUAGCUUUGUCAAGUUUUCGCCCAAUGGAAAGUUCAUCCUUGUAGGGACACUGGAUAGUACACUGAGAUUAUGGAACUUCUCAACUGGCAAGUUCUUGAAGACUUACACUGGCCACACCAACUCUAAGUACUGCAUCUCGUCAGCAUUUUCCAUCACCAACGGCAAAUACAUUGUCAGUGGUUCGGAGGACAAUUGCGUAUACUUAUGGGAACUUCAGACAAGAAAAAUAGUCCAGAAAUUGGAAGGUCACACGGAUGCUGUGAUAACAGUUGCUUGUCACCCAACCGAGAACAUGAUCGCUUCAGGGGCCCUUGAAAACGACAAAACAGUUAAGAUCUGGACUCAGGAGGUUCUCAAACCGGAAGGUCAGACCGAUGCCAUUGAAAUAAAAAAACAGUAGUAAGACAGCAUUAUGGUUUUAUAUAUGUUUCUUUGGCCCUCUCUUUCAAAAGUGCCAUUGAUGGAGCUCUAGUUUUUUUUUAGCAUGCAGAUUGUGUAGUUUUUAGUUGGAUUCUUUUGGUUCAUCAAGUGAAAGUGGUUAAUGGUAAUAUUUUGUAGCUUCAUUAUCAACAACUACUCACAGUUGCUCUCCUUCUUUCAACCCUUUUUGCCUUUUUCUUUUAUCUUGAAAACCAUAUCUAAACUGGGAAACAUUAUUUAUUGAU